CAUAGUGAAAGUGAAAGUACUUUCAAGUAAAUAAGUGCCUGGAAACAAUAAUGAUCAUUAUGGGCCAUGCAUGUUCCAAAUGUUUCCAGAAAAGCAAUGGAAAUGCACAAAGCGAUAAUGAAGGAACUGCACAGUGCGAUGAUGAAGAAGAGGCUGCCCCAUUCAUACAGUUGGAGUUAAUUCGCGAGCUUCCGAAUUCUGUGGAGAUAGGAAGAACAAUUUUGAUUUCUCCUAAGCUCUUGGUAGUAAAAUUGAAGGAAGAUGUGUCAAAUAUAUUUUCCAUUCCUGUGGAGCACAUUUCACUCUACCACCAGGGUGAAGCUUACGUACUGCGUAACAAUGGAACCUUGCAGGAUCUUCACAUUAAAAAUGACGAUAAACUUAGGGUCAGGGAUACCAGACUCAAUUAUAACAACUGACAAGUGGAUCUGAAAGAAUUGUUUUGAUAAUGGGGUUAGAGGAGGGUGUAGUAUUCACAGUGAUCAUGAUUUUUUUAAAUUAUAGAAAUCCUGUCAGAAAACAAUCAUUAACCUCAAUUACAUCUAUUACUUUUUAAAGUGACAACUAUCAAAUUUACAAAGCAAUGUUUUGUUUUGGGCUUUAGUGUCUACACUUUAGAGGCAGCUUACAACAUACAAGGUCUGAUAUACUUUUAUAUAAUAUAUAUGUUUAAUUUAUGUCAGGGGUUAUGCAUAAAUGACAUAACGCUUUUUUUGAUGAUUUUUAAAGUGACAACUAUCAAAUAUACAAAGCAAUGUUUUGUUUUGAGCUUUAGUGUCUACCCUUUAGAGGCAGCUUACAACAUAAAAGGUCUGGUAUACUUUUAUAUAAUAUUAUAACAUUUAUGUCAAAUGUAAUGGUAUAUUUUUUAACUUUUAGAAACCAACACUUUUUGAAUUUAUGAUUGCAAUGGAUAAUGUUAAUGUAGGUAAAUGUUUAAAAAAAUAUAUAAACUGUUGUACUGCCUUAACAAUAAUGCUAAUAUGGUUUUUAAAUAAAAUCAUAAGGAAAAGCAUAAUUUCUUUUAUGUUCAUAUUACUCAUAUUUUAAUAUAAUAGUUUUACAAUACAAUAUAUUGUUUUUUUUAUAUGAACAGAUUUUAUACACAUUUUUCUAAAGUUUUUUAUUAUAUCAUGACGUGUUUAUUAUUUUAUCAUUCCAACUUACAUGGUAACAUACAUCUAUUUAAUGGAAGUGUGCAAGACUUCUUACAGUUACAAUUAUCAUAUUUAAGUAAUUAAAAUGUAGUUUUGUUUUUAAUUUUUGAUUACCUAAAAGUACAAGCAAAUAUUUAUUGAAUUUGAAUAGUUUUGAAUAUUUUUUUAAUUUUUUUAAGCAGCUAUGUCUGUGUCAUAAGCCAGGUUUAUAAAACACAAAUGUUUAAAUUUGCUAAAAAAAUACUUCAAUUUUGUAUUCCCAUUCCCCUUUGCUGAUAAUGAUAUGUUCUGUUAUUAUUAUUUCUUUGGUUAUCCCUCUUUACCCUUGAAUUACACACAGACUUAACCAAUUAUUAUAUAGAUCUAAGAUGUUUAUUAAGUUGAAAUAUUGAUGACCUGAGCUACCUCCCAUAAUUCCUGAUGGGAAAUGGGCAACUAAUCUUAGACCUCCUCAUCCCUCUGUCCCAAGCCUUGUUUGUUCCAUGACUGACCCCUGUGAAUUGGUUCUCAUAGCCGGUUUAUUUUUUGUAUAGCAUUUAUUUACAUGAUAGUUCCAUUUUAGUGCAGAUUUCAUUACAAUAGUUGGCAAGUUUAAACAGGGUGUGUCAUGUCCAGUUCGUAACUCUUCUACCUGAAUGGAUCUUAAACAUGACUUUCUGUCUUUACUUUGUGACACAUAGCACUCAGUUUACUUUUUGUUAUACUGAGGUUUGGUUUAGGUUUUAUGUCAACAAAGUAAAGGUUGUACAUACAUCUUGCUUGCUAAUCAUAUCAAAAAUAAAAGUUAAGAUUUUUUAAAUAUUUAAACUGUAAACAUAUUACAUGUAUGUAAUUGGUUCCUCAUUUUCUUUUUGAGCAUAAACAGGUCACCUAAUGUAGCAAUCAGUAUUUUAAUUAGUUGCGUUUAAAAAAAAAAAAUCAAAACUUAUUAAAAAUUGAGAAAAUGUUAAGUUAAUAUUUCUACACAUGGACCAAAGAAUGCUCUUGUUGAAUUUCUUAUUUUAUAUACAUUUUUAAAAAUUUACUCAAAUAUUAUUUUUAUUAAUUGUAAUAUGUUGAUUCUUUAUUUUAGGCAUUUUUUUUUAUACUUCUAAGAUAAUAUUGUUAAAAAAUUUUUUUAGAUCACAUCGAUAAGCAUUUUGCAAAGGUAGCUCAGUUUUUAUUAAAGAAAAUGGUUGUAAUUCUAUUGCACAAAAGUUUUAUGUAGCAUUUUUUGUUAAUCAAAUCACCUUUUUUAAUGUAACCACUGAAAAGGAUUUUGUUUGUAGCAGAUAAUAGUGAUGUAAACAUAUGUGAAUGAAAUUGGCUUAUCCUAAAAAUGUUUCCUGUGAUAUUAAAAUAGUUAAUUAUAAAUUAUAUAUUACUUCAUAUCCAGCUAAAAAAAAAAUUAAUUCUUCAAAGAUUUGUAAAUUAGCUUGAAGUAGUAUUAUCAGCUUGUUCAGUAAAGUAUAUUUUUUACAUUUAGCCUUGAAGAAAACUUUUAAAAUUUUCUCCUUGAUUGUUUAAUAAAUUAUGCUUUUUUAAAAUACAUAUAUACACAUAGCUAUACAUACAUAUUUAUCUUACUAUAUAUAUAUUUCAUAAUACAAAUGGAAUAAUUAACCCCUAUUUUUUAAUGCACCAGAAAUGAAUUUCCUUUAAAGCCAAACUUAGCCAAUAAAACCAAAGACUAAGUUUACCAUUGAAAACACAACUGUAUUAUAAUGCUUUAUUUCUUUUAGCUUUAGCAUAAAAUAAUUUUAUGAUAUAUUUUUUUGUCGUUUCUGUUAAUUUUAAUUAAAUUAACUUAUUAACUUUUUAUAAAGCGGGCUACCAAGAGAUUUUUGCAUCUUAUCAAAUACAGUUAAACAAGCUGAGUAUAAAAUUCUUGGCAUGGUUAAAUUUCUUUUUAAUGUGCAUGAUUAGUUUCUUAAGUUGAUGGGCCUGCUAAUUCACAUUCUAAUUAUCGGGAAACUGAAAUAAAUAAAUAAUAAGGAAUAGUUUUACCAAUACAAAAUUAUUUGACUUAGUGGAUGAUUGGAAUCAUGUGUGAAGAGGGGGUAGAAUAGGGCUGGGGUGAACAAAGUAUGUUAAAUUCUUAUUAACAUAAUUUUACAAGUGAUGAUUUUAAUUACAAAAUAGUUUGAAAAGUGUUUUUGGUAUUUUUGUAGCAUUUUGUGGUAUAUUGUAAUGUAAAACUUCAAAGUCACAUGAAGUAUUAACUAAUCAGAUAUUUAACAUUGUACUAGUUAAAACAGUAUUGGUAUAUAAUUUAAGCACACUUUUUACAUUGUAAUUUUGUCGUUAAAAAUAAUUAUACACAGUGAGAUUAUUAUUCUUAAUUUGCAUUUUGGAAGUAGUGUUAGAAUGAUAUACUACUGUAAGUAGCAAUAUUUGGCACAAAUUACUCCAUUUAAAUAUUUAUUGUUGAAUUUAAAAAAAAAAUGUUUUAAAAUUUUGUCCCAAUUUUUAACUAGUUUUCAUGAUUGAGAUUACUCAUUCAAAGUCACAUAUUUAUUGACUCUAUUGCUUCUUAUUUGUACAUUUAUUACAUUUUUGCAAUUACUUACCUGUUGUUUUUUGGUUUUUGUCAACUCUUUUUAUUACAUUAUGCAAUUUUUAUUUUUAGAUGUAUUUUUAUUUUUUUUUAUUUUAUGGCUAUUGACUGCCCUGUUGUAUAUAGUCUAUAGUAACUUCUAAAAAAAUUGCAACUUCUCAAUAGACGGUAUAUUUUAUAAAACAAGAAAUUGUAACUUCUCAAUAGAUAAUGUUACAUUUUAUAAAACAAGAAAUUGUAACUUCUCAAUAGAUGAUAUUACCAUUAAUGAAACAAAAAAUUAUAACUUCUUAAUAGAUGAUAUUACAUUUAAUGAAACAAAAAAAUUGUAACUUCUCAAUAGAUGAUUUAGUGAAAUAAACUUUUUAGAAUGAUGAACGAAGGUGUGGUGAAGACUUAGUUCUCCAGACUGCAACAGGAUGUUGCAUGCAACAUUUCUCACAGCCAUGCUGCCAUCUCAACGUGCCAUUAUUGACAUAAGACUUUUUCUUUCCCCCAUACAGAGAGCAUUACUCCACGUGGUUCUGAACCCUCUACCAUCUUGAAUACAAGUACAACAUUUGUGUUGACCAGCAUGCACAUAACAAUUUCAGCCUAUAAUUUUCUAUAGCAGGUCUCUCUCUCUCCCUCUCUCUUUCUUUUUCUCUCUCAUGACUCUCAUAGUGUCUUUACCAGCUUUCAUUCAUUAGCCAAGCUGAAUAGGUUUAGAAGUCAAGCAUUUCUCUCAGACAUGUUACCAGCUGCUGUAUGUAUCUGCCAGCUUUUUUACUUCCCCCCUCAGUGCAUCGCACCACCUGGUUUGGACAUAAGGGGAAGUUCAGUCAAGGGAUAACCUAAGCUCUCAUGCUAGACAUAAGGGGCAGUUAAGUCAGGGGAUGACCUAAGCUCUCAUGCUAGACAUAAGGGGCAGUUAAGUCAGGGGAUGACCUAAGCUCUCAUGCUAGACAUAAGGGGCAGUUAAAUCAGGGGAUGACCUAAGCUCUCAUGCUAGACAUAAGGGGCAGUUAAAUCAGGGGAUGACCUAAGCUCUCAUGCUAGACAUAAGGGGCAGUUCAGUCAGGGGAUGACCUAAGCUCUCAUGCUAGACAUAAGGGACAGUUAAGUCAGGGGAUGACCUAAGCUCUCAUGCUAGACUUAAGGGGCAGUUAAAUCAGGGGAUGACCUAAGCUCUCAUGCUAGACAUAAAGGGCAGUUCAGUCAGGGGAUGACCUAAGCUCUCAUGCUAGACAUAAGGGGCAGUUAAGUCAGGGGAUGACCUAAGCUCUCCAGCUAUUUCCUCAGAUUAGAUAGAUUUGUCUACCUUCUUUUUUUGUGUCUGAUUAUUGCCAAAUUGUUAAAUUAUGUUUUUUUAAAUUAUUUUUUUGAAUUAAAAUAUUUAAAUAUAAAAAAAGGUAGUCUGUUUAACAAGCUAGUUGUUCAGUCAUGAAAACUUAACCGUAACAGUUUUUUAAACAUUGUAAUUUUUCUGUGACAAUGUUGUGUAGUAUGCCGCCAUCUAUAUCUAUGAAAAGCAGUGAUGGGUUGACUUCACAUGAUCUGCUAGCAACACCAAAGCUAUUAAAAAUAAAACUUAUUUAUAUAACAUAUUUUUUAUUCAGUUUUUUAUUCCAUGGUAUAAUCUGGUUCACAAUUACAUUCUUUUGUAUGUGUCAGUGCACAAUUUAUAUGUGGAAAAAUAA